GUCAGUAAGCAUCAUGAGUUCUAAAAUAAUUUUACUAAUUUCUCUCAUCGUCUGUAUCGCUAGUGUUCUAGCAAAACCACAACAAUUCAAUCGAGGCUAUGAUCCUCAGAGUUAUCAAAGUUCAGGAUAUCAAACUGAUAGACGAUAUGGAAGUGUUUAUCCUGUAGGAACUGGAUAUAAUUACAUUAAUCGAGAAAAUGAAAGAUAUAAACCAUUUGAUAGCCAAGAAAGAUGUGGCAACUAUGGUAAUAAUGAUGGCUGGAUAUCUGGAAACCGGAGAGUAGAAGAAAGAAAUAGAUUCUCAAGACCAAAUCAAAAAUAUGAUGAUAGUAGAGAAGAAUUGACAGUUUCGCUACCUCCAUGGCGUUCAAAUAAUCCCUAUGAAGGCAACUCUGACGAAAGUCAUGGAAAUCAAAGAUGGUAGUAAGAGUUGAUCACAUGGCAAUGAUU